UCAAAACAAAGUUGUGUGUUGUGUUGUGUUGUCAACCUGUUAAACAAAGUUCAAAAUUAUUUUCAAAACUUUUUCUACAUUUUUUGUAAAUUUAUAUUAAUCGCAAAUGAAAUAAAAUCAUAAUGUUGUGUUUUGUAUAAAUAUUUAUAUAAAUAUAAAUUAAACAUAGAAAUGAAUUCGACAAAUAAAAUACCCCAGGGAAAUACUUCAACGCCAAAACGACGACGGCUCGGCACCGGUCAUAUUUUACGACGGAAUAACAAGAAAAAUACAGGGAAUGGUAGUCCGGUGCAUCCUCAGAUAACUGCUGCAAUAGAUAGUUCCCCAGGAAGGUGUGAAUCACCGCCGUUGCCGUGCAAUCAAGUGGAAUAUUUGUGCGAGUCUUCUCACAAUAACUCUAGUGUUCCAUGCUCUCCUGGUCCUGGUGGUCCUGGUAUACAGAGUGCUGCAGUUAAAGAUGUACAUAACUGGGAAUCAUUAACAGUCUCUCUUCUUGAUGAUAAAGAAUUUAAUAAAAAUAACGAAUCAAUUAAUGAAAUCAAUUUAUCAGGGGAUUUGUUUACAUCUAAAUUAGAUCAAGAAUCUACUCAGAACAAUUGUGUAGAUCGUGUCCAGGAUCAACAGAAUCAUGUAGAUGAUUGCAUAUUAACAUCAAGAUGUGAGAACAAUUUUAGGGAAGAGAUUGAAAAGAGUUUCAAUAUUGUAAAUCAGUCUAUAUGUGAAACUGAUAGAGUUGAUAAGAGUUUCUUGUUUGAAACUAAAGAUUCCUUUUUACUGGAUAUUAGAGAAAGUGGUGUGAUACCUGAUAAUAAAGUAAACUGUUUCAAUGAAUUCCCUAAACUGAAACCUGAACACAAUCACAAUAAUGUUAAUAAUAGUUUUUAUGGAUUGCCAAUCAUCACAAAGAGUUUAUUUAAAACUUUUAGGAAUAUUGAGAAAUUUUAUGAUUGGCAAGAGGAAUGUCUAAACAUGGAUGCAAUCAAAGAGAGACGUAACCUGAUCUAUGCCUUGCCCACCAGCGGUGGCAAGACAUUAGUGGCAGAGGUGCUGAUGCUCCGCGAAGUGCUCAAUAGGAAGCGCAAUGCACUGUUCAUAUUGCCAUUUGUAGCUAUUGUUCAAGAAAAAAUCUGGUCGCUUUCUCCGUUUGCUGUGAACUUAGAUUUCUUAGUGGAAGAGUAUGCGGGUGGCAAAGGUCAUUUGCCACCUAAAAAACGACGGAAAAGAAAUAGUAUCUAUGUAGCAACUAUUGAGAAAGGUCUAGCUUUGAUUAGAAGCCUCAUUGAGCUGGACCGACUGCAGGAGAUCGGUCUUAUUGUAGUGGAUGAGCUGCACCUUAUCGGAGAACCAGGUCGUGGUGGUACUUUGGAGAUUCUGUUAUCCACUGUACUUUUUGCUAACCCGGACAUACAAAUAGUCGGUAUGAGCGCGACCAUCGGCAACCUGCCGGAGAUGGCCAAGUUCCUGCGCGCGGAUGUGUUUGAGCGCCAGUUCCGGCCCGUGGAGCUCGCCGAGUACGUGAAGCUGGGCGACACGCUGUACAGGCUGCAGUGGCGCGGCGGUCCGGAUGGCGGCUGCGACCUCGUGCCCGAAAGGGUGUUGGCCUACGACUAUUCACCGGCGGCAACGAGCCUGGAUCCGGACUGGCUUGGCGGGCUGGUCUCCGAAGUGGUACCCCACUCCUCGUGCCUCGUGUUUUGCCCCACCAAGCGCAAUUGCGAGAACGUUGCUGCUUUACUUUGCAAGUUGCAGAGGAAGGAGAUGUUGUCGCACCGCGCGGCGGAGCGGGCGGCGCUGGCGCGCGCGCUGGCGGGCGAGGGCAGCGAGCACACGCUGCGCGCCGCCGUGCGCGCCGGGCUCGCCUGGCACCACGCCGGGCUCGCCGCCGACGAGCGCGCGCUGCUCGAGCAGGCCUUCAGGUGCCGGCCCGCGAGCCUUGUUCUCUGUCGCUGUAGACGCUGGCGGGCGAGGGCAGCGAGCACACGCUGCGCGCCGCCGUGCGCGCCGGGCUCGCCUGGCACCACGCCGGGCUCGCCGCCGACGAGCGCGCGCUGCUCGAGCAGGCCUUCAGGUGCCGGCCCGCGAGCCUUGUUCUCUGUCGCUGUAGCAACGCUGGCGGGCGAGGGCAGCGAGCACACGCUGCGCGCCGCCGUGCGCGCCGGGCUCGCCUGGCACCACGCCGGGCUCGCCGCCGACGAGCGCGCGCUGCUCGAGCAGGCCUUCAGGUGCCGGCCCGCGAGCCUUGUUCUCUGUCGCUGUAGCAACGCUGGCGGGCGAGGGCAGCGAGCACACGCGCGCGCCGCCGUGCGCGCCGGGCUCGCCUCAGGCAGAAGUAAAAAGAGAAGCUGCGCGCCGCCGUUUAUGAGUUUAGAAAAAUUGCGCGCCGCCGUGCGCGCCGGGCUCGCCUGGCACCACGCCGGGCUCGCCGCCGACGAGCGCGCGCUCAUGAAUAAUACAAGGCGGCCGCGUGCGCGCCGGGCUCGCCUGGCACCACGCCGGGCUCGCCGCCGACGAGCGCGCGCUGGGCGGCCCGCGAGUGUCGCUGUAGCAACGCUGGCGGUGCGAGCACACGCUGCGCGCCGCCGUGCGCGCCGCACGUCGACGCUGGCGGCGGACGAGCGCGCGCUGCUCGAGCAGGCCUUCAGGUGCCGCGCGCCGUUCUCUGUCGCUGCGCGCGCGAGGGCAGCGUGCGCGCCGCGCGCCGGGCUCGCCUGGCACCACGCCGGGCUCGCCGCCGACGAGCGCGCGCUGCCUACCGCCAGAUGCCGGCCCGCGAGCCUUGUUCUCUGUCGCUGCGACAAAAUUAUGACUAUCAUGAAUAAUACAAGGGGGCGGGGUGACACGGUGCACAGCGGGCGCGAGUGGCACGUCGACGCUGGCGGCGGCGUGCUGGCGCGCGCCGUUCGUCGGCGCGCGCCGCGCGCCGCCUACCGCCAGCUGGGCGCGCCGGCGCCACGGCGCGGCGGGCGAUCGGCGGACUGCGCGGCGGGCGCGGCGGGCGCGGCGGGCGCGGCGGGCGCGGCGGGCGCGGCGGGCGCGCGCGCGCUGCUGCUGGGCGGCGCCGCGCUGCGUGCUGCAGCCACGCGCGGCUGCCUGCUGAGCCUGCUGCGCUGCACGCUGCUCGCCCAGCACGCAGAUGUGGAUUUGGAGGCGUUAUGCGACGAGUCCCUGUCUGAACUGGUGAAGAGUGGCGCAUUGGAACAGCGCGGGGACACUUUCGUCGUCAGCUCGCUCGGAGACGCUGCCAUCAAAGGUGGUUUAAGUUUAGAAUCAGCGAAACAGUUACUGGAAGAUCUGGAUACUGCGUCUAAAAGCGUCGUCCUAAUGGGCAGUCUACACCUGCUGUACUUAGUGACGCCGCAUGACCACGCGGGGAUCAAGCCCGACUAUAGACACUAUUAUUCAUUGAGUUAUGGGUGCAGUGCUUCUGACUCGACUAGCGAAAGUGUUGGGUAUCGAACUGAAAUGAACGCGAUUCGAAUGAUGACCGGCAAGCCGAUUACAAGUGUGUCGGAGAGAGUGCUGUGUCGUUUCUACCUCGCGCUGAUGCUGCACGACCUGUGGAAACAGGUUCCGUUCCAUGUUGUGGCUGAAAAAUACAUGGUGCCGCGCGGCAGCGUGCAGGCGGUGGUGAGCUCGGCGACAGCGCUGGCGUCGAGCGCGGCGCGCGUGUGCGCAGCGCUGCAGCGGCUGUGGGCGUGGGCCGCGCUGCUGGCGGAGCUGGCGCCGCGCCUGCAGCACUGCGCCGCGCCCGACCUGCAGCGGCUGCUGGAACUGCCCGCCGUCAAGAAGGCUCGAGCUUUACAAUUGAUGCGGGCGGGUUAUAAAAGAAUAGAAGAUAUAGCGAAGGCGUCUGCCGACGAUCUCGUCUCGUCCGUAGCGCAUCUCUCCAGGACGGCGGCGAACCAUCUCAUCAGUGCUGCCAGGAUGAUGCUAAUAGAAAAAGUGGAGAAUCUUCGCGCCGAAGCAGAAGACGUUAUGGAGGACCUCAAAUUGUAAUCCAAUUUUUGCAAAAUCUAGAAACACGAAAAUGACUCGAUGUAUCUAAGCCCCUGUACAUUUAGUGUCGAACAGUUUUAAAUCAAUUGUUUGUUUUAAGUGCAUUGUGUGUGUAUGAACUUUCUGUUUUUUCUAAAUUUUCUUCUAGGAAGUCUAAUAUUAUUAAUUUACCAGGGGGAGACUUUGUACAAAAGUCGAUUGCUUGGGUAACUCUGUCCCAUUCGUGUUUCAACCGUGAAGCAGUUGUGUUUGCAUGGCCGUGUUUCGGUUUGAAGGGUGGGAUAUGGCGUGAAUUUACUGGGUAUAGAGGAAUAACACCUGAGUCCUCAGGAAUGGCAACGCAUGGGGGUAUCAUGGGCGAAAUAGUAUACUCUGUUAUGUCCAUAUAUAUAUAUAAUAAUAAUAAUAUGUAAAUAAGCGCCCUGUGGGUUAGGUUUAAAGUUAAAUGUACCUUAGUAUCUAAUAGAAAAAUGUGAUACCUAUUUAUAUUAUAUAUGUAUUAUUUAUGUAUUUAUUU